AUGGAGGGCGCAUCGCGUGAUCUCCCUCAGGACAUCUUGAUGGACAUAUUUGCCACCCUCGAGAUCCCCGACCUCGUCCGUGCCGGCUCCGUCUGCUCCUCCUGGCGCUCCGCCUACUCCAGGCUGCUCCUCCCUGGGCACUACACGCGCCCGCAGACGCCGUGCCUCCUCUACACAUCCGCAACCGCCGGCGAGAGCGUCGCGUGCCUCUACAGCCUCGCGGAGAAGCGGACGUACAAGCUGACUCUCCCAGGGCCACCCAUCAGCACUACGCAUGUGAUCGGGUCCGAGAUGCACCUCGUCAACCCCAUCACCGGCGAGCAGACCCAUCUCCCUCCGGUGACCACCAUCGAGCAAGUGAACUCCGGCGCUCUUCACAAGUACGAGUUCUCAUCCCACACCGCAGAAAGGGUUUACAGUCCGCCGUCGAUCUCGGCUCUGGAAGAGCUGAGGAACGAGCUUCACCAUAAAGCCUUUGUGUUUUUUUCCGACGAUACGUGCAACGGAUGCGUCGUGGUGCACAUACACAACCCGUUUUGCCAGCUCUCGUUUGCAAGGGCAGGGGACGAUGGGUGGACAUGGCUGCCACCCCACACCCACUUUGACGACUGCGUUUACAGGAACGGCCUGCUGUAUGCGGUCACCUCAUUCGGAGACAUCCACGCUUUCAAUCUAAGCAGCCCUGUUCCUACGAUGAGGAUGAUCACAUGGGAGCCCGGUCUCGAGGACCGGUUUCUGAAUGCCUACAUUGUGCAGGCUCCAUGGGGCAGUCUUCUUCAGGUGUGGAGACUGUACGAGCACUGCGAUUUAGAGCCCGAGCCUGGGGCGUCUGUGUUCUGGAACACCGGAGAGCUUGUAAUAUACGAAGUCGACGCUUCGUCGGGAGAGAGAAUUAGGAAACUCAGUUGCUUGCGCGAUCAUGCGCUGUUUCUCGGGCACAAUCAAACACUUUGUCUUGCUGCUCAAGACUAUCCGGCUCUCAGGGGAAACCAUGCCUACUUUACCGACGACAAUGUGCUUUGGACAAAGGGGUUCAGGAACAAUCCCCGUGACAUGGGGAUUCUCGACCUGGGUAAUAACAGCAGGGAGGAACUUGUGUCUCCCCGGCUUUGCUCCGACUGCCCGGCUCCCGUGUGGAUUACACCCAAUCUUAGAAAGAUGAACUUGGCUUUCAACGAAUAGGUUGUAGCUUCCUUUAUCUAUAC